GGCAGACCGGUCUCCAGGUACAGAGUACAGACAUAAUAUCAGUGCCCCGGCAACCACUUUACACGUCCACUAAGGGUUAGCGAGAUCAGAUGCUAGUAGCAUGCAAGGUCCACUUGGUGUCCCUAAACGCUACAACACUAAAAAAUUACAUCCCAUCUUACCUAAGAAAAGCACGAGAAGACGCGAAAAGUGCUACGCGUUUAGUGGCUGAGGGCAUCUCGGAAUUCGUAUAUCGCAUCGUACGAAGUCGGUAUACGAUAAUCAUGACAAGCUUAACCCAGCUCGGGCUUAUAGCUGCUAGGUUACCAGUCCUAUUCUGAUGUUCCGGAUCAUGCAUCAAGAGGGGAUACCAAUACUGGCAACUAAAACCUCGGAAAUAUCAUCGGAUCCAACGGAUCUCGAAUCGAGUGAUUUUUCUUGACAGAGGACAAAAUGCCUCCUCAGAAUGCACCACAGCCGAAGCCUGCAGGGGCAUCGGCCGUAAAGUCUGUCUCAACGAACAAACCAAAAAUCAGACCUGAAGCAUCUGAAAACCCGCCACAGUCUAAGUCCAAUAAGAGAAAACAGCCACCACAGCAAAAUGCAGGAUCGAAUAAGUUGGACAAGGACACUGACUCUGGACGAGGUCCAAAGCGUCCGAAGAUGCAUGAGGUUCGAAGUAUUGCUGCUCAGAAGUCUCACGCUGCUUUAAAAGAUGGAGAACUCAAUGUUCAGUCGUUCGUGAAUUCUCUAUCAUUUGAGAUGAAUGCCCUAGAUGAGAGCAUGAGACGUACUAGGACCUCCCAGAGUAGUCGAGCAUUUCAGCGUGUGCCAUUUAGGAUGAGACGUAGAGCCGCUGCUCAUAACUUCAGAAGAGUUCCAAAACGUCUGCAGAAGAGGGCCAUUAGGGAGAUGGAAGAGGACAAUACCCCAACAGCUAACUCCAAGACAAGAAAGCCAAAAACCACCAAGGCCAGGAUAAGAGCUGAGACAGCCCGGAGACUAGGAAUCCUUGCAAAACGAAAAAGACUUCAGAAGCUGAAGAGCUCUGGCGUUGAUAAGGAAACUAUCUCCAUAAGAGCUGCGAGGCCUAAGAUACGAAGGAAUACAGUCAACGAACCUAUUAUCACGGCUAGGAAGUUCCGAAGACGUCAGAUUUCGAAGACAUGGCUCCCUACUCAUUUAUGGCAUACGAAGAGAGCGAGGAUGACGCCUCCGAAGGAACCAUUAUGGAGAUUUUCGAUUCCCCUUACGCCGACACAGAAAGUGUACCGGCCAACUCAUCGUAUUCAAUGGGAAAAAGGUGCGAUGGCAUGGGAUAUGAGUUAUAUGAGUACUAUUGGUUUAUCUGGACCUCAGAAUAGCGUCCACAAUAUUCUCAAGUCACUAGGACUUACGCAAGAAGCCCUAUGGAAUGACAAGGCAAAACGUUGGAGAUCAGGUGCCAUGCAUUGGUCCGGGACAUUAACUAGGAAAAGCAACGACAGUGUGCAGAUUAUCGGCCCGGCGACUAUUGUUUGGAAUCCGGAAAAGGGGGUCAAUGACGCAGACCAGCGGAAACAAUUUAGGCAACUUUAUAUUCGUAUUCACCCCUCAGCAUUCUUGGAAACAUUUAACGAACUUCUACGACUCGCGAAGGCCCAAAAUCCCCGACCGUAUAUAGAGGACUUGAGGUUUGAGAUAGGAAGCAUUGAUAUUACUGGACCCGACUCUACAGAGGCUCUCCUAGGUGUACUCAAACCUUAUCCUCCAAAGUCCGAAGGUGAACAAUCCCACGUUUCCAAAUUUGAAUCACUUGCUGGUCUGAAGGACCCAGGAACCUUACCUUUUGGGUGUCUUUUGGCCUUCUCCGUCGCAGAUCCUCGCCUCCGCUAUCCGCCACGACAGGUAACUCUUCCAAGGGUGGAUGAUCAUAAUGCGCAAAAAGCACUUCUAGAAGCCAUAUCAAGUUUCCGGGGAGAGGAGGAAAUCAAUCCUCAUCAGCUAUUCGAUAGAGACGCACGGUUCAAAGCUUCUAAGCUUCCAUCGCAACAAUCUCUUAAUCGUCGACGUGGCAAAGGUGCUCCAGGAACCAACCUCAAGCCUACUACAAUCGAUCCACCUAUUCCCAUAAUAUUACUUGCUUCUCGCCACUCCAUAGGUUCCCAAUCCGCCGGUACUUGGACAUUGAUGUUACCAUGGAAAUGCGUUCUCCCUAUAUGGUACAGCCUGAUGCAUUAUCCCUUGUCAACGGGCGGUAACCCUUGGUUCGGAGGUCUAGAUGAGAUCAGGCACCUUACCUUCGAACGAGGUCUUCCAUGGUUCCCCGGAGAUUUUCCAGGCACAGAUGCGGGUAAAGUCUGGGAAUUAGACGAACGAAAAGUGAGGCAGAAAUUGUGGAAUCGCAGACCCAAAGCCAAACGAGUCAAUUGGGAAUCACUUGACCUAGGAGCAGGUCGGAAAGGCGAGGUGGGAAUAGGAUGGGCUUGUGAUUAUGAAGUACUCUUCGGCUUCAAGAAAGCAGACGAGCCUGACAAGAUGUUGGUGGAUGAGAAAGAUGGGGAUGGAGCACCAGAGCAAAAAUCACCGAAUGAGACACAAGCAGCGCCUGUAAACCCUUUAGAAAGCAUCACGCAGCUUUCCAAAUCCACAUUUACCGCUCACCAGUCACCCACAUCCGAACCGCCUCCUCCAACUUCAUUGGUGACGGUGAAUAUCAGGAUUCUAGGACGCGGAAUAGCAAAUACCUGUGCUAGGGUCUAUCGGCUACCAGACACGAAACCCGCCAGAGUCUCGACACAGGCUGAAGUACCAGCUACGAACCCUCAUUAUAAGAAGAAUGAGGGCAAGCUGCCGCCUAACCUGCGCGAUCAGUGGCUAGCACAAAAACCAUCCAAAGGAAGCCCUAGAAAGAAAGUUGUUGUCAAAGAGGACUUAGACCUAGAGACACGGCAACAAUUACUCGCACAGCAGCUCCUCGGCCCGCCGGAGCCGUACCCACCGCCUCCCCCUAAUUCGGAGAACAUCCAAGGUCAUCCUCUAUGUCCGGGUGAGGAAGACCUGAUCGGAUUUGUGACGACUGGAAGUUUCAACCUUAGAGACGGGAGAGGCGAUGCAAUUGGAAGUUUCUCAGCCACGAGGGUGCUGGAGGAGCUAAGGCGGUAUAGGAACAAGAAUGACCCCAACUCCCGACUUUGCGUGGUCAGGAACGCGGGUCAGAAUAUUGGUUGGCUUGCAAGGUGGGAGUUGAUUUAAACUAGUCGAUACCCUUGAGAUAAUAGAAGGUGCAUUCAAAUACAAAAUCGAGUAUUAUACGCAGUAAUACCCUUAACCAUUCAAGUUAAACUACGUUACAGUCCAAGACCAGAAGGUUACUAGGUUAGCAUUAAUGUCUUUAUCAUCAGGAUAGUCUCUACAGGAUAGUCAAGCUACUAAGUUAGUUCCGAGUCAAUGUUGCCAUUAUUAAUAAUAUUCUGAGG